UGUCUCUCUCACAUACAAACACACAUAUACCGACACUGAACAAUAACAUUGGGGCCGGUAUGCAGUGCCACUGAGCUGUCGACGUCUCUGCUGUUGCUCGUGGCACCAUCAUCCACAGAGAAAUGUGUAACACUUUUGUAGUCUACUUUUAGGUGCGUGUUGAGCAUAACGUAAGCGCGUGAAAAUCGAAAAAAAUAUUACUUAGAAAUUUAAAAAAAAAAAUUAAUAAAUAAAUAAAUGAAAAAAUAUAAAACCCAAAAUAAGGUGAAGUGGAGAAAAAGGAAUCACAGCAAGGGAAUACAAAAAUAAUAAUGGAAAUACUUCACAAAAAAGGAAUAAAAAUGUGAAUUACAAAUAGAAAAUUGAAUAAAAAUCCAAUAGAAAUAAAAUUUAAAAAUAAAAAAAUAUCCUCUUAAAGAAAAAAUAAUAAUAAAAAAAGGAAAGUAGAAAAAAAUAUGUUCCCCUAAAAAAGAAAAUAUCAAAUCUAGUGUACCCAAAAAGAAGGUGAAACUUAAAAAGAAUAGCUGAAAAAAAAUCUACCCAAUUUUUAUUUAGUAAAUAUUGUGUAAUGAAAGUGAAAAUAUAGUAUUGAGAACAACAAGGCAAAGAAAGGAAGAAGAAGGAGAAAACAAAAAGAAAAUCGACGUAAAGUUGCCAGCAGCUACUACGACUUCUGUAUGUCACAACCCUCCGCUCCGCUUUAUACUCCUUGCUGGAAAUAAUAAAAAAAAUCGUUCUCAUUUUUGUUUUUUUUUUAAUAAAGAAAAAAUUACUCAAAUAAUACAUACAUACACAUGCCAAUGCAUGGCGAAUUUUCUGCUUGUUGGGAAAUGAACCCAACACAUUAACAACAAAAUCGGCAACAACAACAACAACAGCCACUACAACUACAACUCCUCUUUGUUAAGGAAUAGAACGUUAUCCUUGCCGUCACCACCACUAACAUCAUUAUUAACGUCGCCGUCGUCAUCGUCGGCGUUGUCGUUUGUCGUCGUCGUAGUCGUCCUCAUCAUUUACGCACAAAAGUGGUGAAUUAUGCCUGCGACUCCGUCUGGUACCCCCUGCUGAUUUUCAACUAUUUUACACUAUUGUCUGAACAGAGUUACGAAGACCAACGACCAGUGACAGCAGUAGCAGCAGAAGCAGGACUUUUAAAUUUAUAUACGCUUUAUCAACAGCCUUAAAAUAUGCUGCAUAAAUAUGAACUACAACUGGUUGCUGUUGGACUAGUAUUUAUGAUGAUAAACUAGAAAUGUAAAACACCCCCCAAAAAACACCAACAACAAUAUUAAAACAAAAAUGUAUACUUAUGAUUUAAUAAUUAAGACUGAUGAUAAUAAUAAUAAAAAUAAUCAUGAUAAUGAUGCUAAUGGAAACAAUGUUGCCGCGUCAAAUGUUGCUACACAAUUUCAAAUUACAAUGUUGCUGCAGCAAUCUGGAGAAGCUGAAAUAUUUCGCCAUUGCCGUGAUAGCAAAUAAAUAAAGCUUAGUAGAGUACACAAUUGCUAGGCACCAACUUAAUUUAAAAUUGAAAUUAGUAAUCCAAAAAAAAUAUAUUAAUAACAAGCAAAAAAUCAUAUCCUUGCGCAAAAGGAUAACAACAAAUAACUAAAGUUUAAGAAAGUUAAAACAAAAUAUUAGCUAUAACUAAAAGUCAACCCCAAAAGAAAAAAAGUAGACCUGACACAUCUAUCAAAAUGCCGGGUGGUCGAAGAGGUUUAGUGGCUCCACAAAACACAUUCCUGGAGAAUAUCAUACGUCGUUCCAACUCACAACCGGACAGUUCAUUCCUUUUGGCCAAUGCUCAAAUUGUGGAUUUUCCCAUUGUGUAUUGCAAUGAGUCGUUUUGCAAAAUUAGUGGCUAUAAUCGGGCGGAGGUCAUGCAGAAGUCGUGCAGAUGCGGCUUUAUGUAUGGCGAGCUGACAGACAAAGAAACAGUGGCCCGUUUGGAGUAUACGCUGGAAAAUCAACAACAGGACCAAUUUGAAAUAUUGCUCUAUAAAAAGAAUAAUUUACAAUGUGGCUGUGCUUUAACGCAAUUCGGAAAAGUCUCACCAGAAACUCCACUAUGGCUGCUACUGCAGGUUGCACCCAUACGCAACGAAAGGGAUCUGGUUGUGUUGUUCCUGUUAACAUUUCGCGAUAUAACCGCCCUCAAGCAGCCAAUCGACAGCGAAGAUACCAAAGGUGGUCUAUCGAAAUUUGCGAAAUUGGCCCGAUCGGUAACGAGAAGUCGUCAAUUCAGCGCACAUCUGCCAACGCUAAAGGAUCCAACGAAACAAUCAAAUUUGGCUCAUAUGAUGUCCCUUAGUGCGGAUAUUAUGCCCCAGUAUAGACAGGAAGCGCCUAAAACACCACCUCACAUUUUAUUGCAUUAUUGUGCAUUUAAAGCCAUAUGGGAUUGGGUUAUAUUAUGUCUAACAUUUUAUACAGCAAUUAUGGUGCCAUAUAAUGUCGCUUUUAAAAAUAAAACCUCAGAAGAUGUUUCAUUACUUGUUGUUGAUUCAAUUGUAGAUGUUAUAUUUUUUAUUGAUAUUGUUUUAAAUUUUCAUACAACAUUUGUGGGUCCUGGCGGCGAAGUGGUCAGCGAUCCAAAGGUGAUACGUAUGAAUUAUCUUAAAUCAUGGUUCAUUAUUGAUUUGCUCAGCUGCCUGCCAUAUGAUGUCUUCAAUGCCUUUGACAGGGAUGAAGACGGCAUUGGUUCGCUAUUUAGUGCUUUAAAGGUUGUUCGCCUCCUGCGACUGGGUAGAGUUGUACGAAAAUUGGAUCGCUACUUGGAGUAUGGGGCGGCCAUGCUGAUAUUGUUGCUGUGUUUCUAUAUGUUGGUAGCCCAUUGGCUGGCAUGUAUAUGGUAUUCGAUAGGUCGAACGGAUGCCGAUAAUGGAAUCCAAUAUAGCUGGCUUUGGAAGUUGGCCAAUGUAACCCAAUCACCCUAUUCGUAUAUCUAUAAUAAUGACUCCACAGAACUGAUAAAUGGUCCCUCGCGUAAGAGUAUGUAUGUAACGGCCUUGUAUUUUACCAUGACUUGCAUGACAUCGGUGGGAUUUGGCAAUGUAGCCGCCGAGACGGACAACGAGAAGGUGUUCACCAUCUGCAUGAUGAUAAUUGCAGCUCUACUUUAUGCCACCAUUUUCGGUCAUGUCACCACCAUCAUCCAACAAAUGACCUCGGCAACGGCCAAGUAUCACGACAUGCUCAACAAUGUUCGUGAGUUUAUGAAGUUGCACGAGGUGCCCAAGGCCUUAAGUGAACGCGUUAUGGAUUAUGUGGUAUCCACGUGGGCCAUGACCAAGGGUUUAGACACGGAAAAGGUACUAAACUAUUGUCCGAAAGAUAUGAAGGCUGAUAUUUGUGUUCAUCUAAAUCGCAAAGUAUUUAACGAGCAUCCAGCGUUUCGUCUUGCCUCGGAUGGCUGUCUGCGAGCAUUGGCCAUGCACUUUAUGAUGUCGCACUCGGCACCGGGUGAUUUACUCUAUCACACGGGUGAGAGUAUAGAUAGCUUGUGUUUCAUUGUCACGGGAUCGCUGGAGGUCAUACAGGACGACGAAGUUGUGGCUAUAUUGGGCAAAGGCGACGUCUUUGGCGACCAAUUCUGGAAGGAUUCUGCCGUUGGCCAAAGUGCGGCCAAUGUCCGUGCCCUUACCUAUUGUGAUUUGCAUGCCAUCAAACGUGAUAAAUUACUCGAAGUCCUCGAUUUCUAUUCGGCUUUCGCAAAUAGCUUUGCCCGCAAUCUGGUGCUCACCUACAAUCUGAGGCAUCGUUUGAUUUUUCGCAAGGUGGCCGAUGUGAAGCGCGAAAAAGAAUUGGCCGAAAGGCGAAAAAAUGAGCCACAGCUGCCUCAGAAUCAGGAUCAUUUGGUGCGAAAGAUCUUUUCGAAAUUCCGGCGAACGCCUCAGGUUCAGACGGGAUCGAAGGAGGCCGUGUCGGGCCAAAGCGAUGUAGAGAAAGGAGGCGGCGGUGGUGGUGGCAGCAGUGGAGGCGGUGCCUCAGAUGCCGCCGAUACGGAUCGUAAUAAGAAGUUACCUGCCAAAUUAACACUAACCGAGGACUCCCGUGUUCUAACAACCACCGCUGCCGCACCCACACCAUCCCCCUCGCCAUCACCAUCAUCGGGUCCACCAUCUGCACGUAGUACACGUGCUAGCAAAUGGGGACGCCUCUUGGGUAGUUCAAGUGUCGAUUCGGCUAGCGAUACCAGCGCCAAGGUAGCAGUUUCGAGAAGUUUGAGUGCCCGCGAAAGUCUGCGCGAAAGCACUGCCGCUCAGGCAAGGCAGAGUAGUACUUCGAGUAGCAAUGGUGGACAAGGCAAUAAAGUAUUCCCUAAGGCUCCCAAACUCCAGGCCAGCCAAGCCACCUUGGCCCGCCAGGACACCAUCGAUGAGGGCGGCGAGGUGGACUCUUCGCCGCCCAGUCGUGACAGCCGUGUUGUCAUUGAGGGCAGCAGCGCCCCAACCGCCGUCAGCCUGGCCGCCAUCACGGCCAAAGACCGUAACCUGGCGUUGGAACGUGAACGACAAAUCGAAAUGGCUUCAUCGCGUGCCACCACCUCGGACACCUAUGACACAGGUCUGCGAGAACAGCCUCCCACGUUGGCGCAACGUGAUCUGAUUGCCACCGUUUUGGAUCUGAAAGUUGAUGUACGCCUCGAAUUACAGCGCAUGCAACAACGUAUUGGUCGCAUUGAGGACAUGCUGGGGGAGCUGGUCAAGCGUUUGCAGCAUGACUCCUCCGGCCAGACAACGCCUGCUGAUGAUAACGUGUGUGUAUGCGGUAGUUCGACGGCAACCACAGCGGCCAGUGGCAGCAGCUCAGGGGGCUUAGUUGGUAGACGCCCUGAAGGCGGGGCGACACAUUCCACCGCCACAACACCGGCCGCCGACACGGUCAUAACAAUAUCCACGGCCCCGCCCAGCGCCACCACCGCACCGGCCAUCGGUCCGGUGGCAGGUGGUGGAUUGGGUGCGGCGGCAUCCUCUGCUCCAACGACAACAGGUGCAGCUGCAGCCAUAGCCAUGCCAACUACGGCUGCAGCAACUAGCUCAUCCAACCUGCUAACGCCGGUACAAAUGGUCACCACCACCCCGGGUGGCAAUGGUCUCGGACCCUUGAUGCUUAAGAAGCGGCGUUCGAAGAGCAGAAAAGCACCGGCGCCUCCCAAGCAGACCCAUUCGCAAGCCGCUGCCGCUAGUGCCGUUGUCCAGAGUCCCGAACAGCAGCGAUUGCUCGAAGAGGAGCUGCCCACAAUGCAGCAGCCGCCGGCGCCAUCGACGGUAGCCACCACCACCACUGUUGUCACAACCGCCUCAGGCAGUGCCGGCCAGGCUGGCACCGCCACCACAACCAGCAGUGGCCCGGGGGCCAGCGGCUCAGCAGGUGUUGGUGGUCGUUCGAAGCGUGAGUUUCUCUAGCCCAAGAUUUUAGUACGCCAUCAGUCGGAUAACAGCAGUUUUGAGCAAUAGCAAGCGCAGUAAGUCCAAAGGGGACGGGAACCGGGAAACAAACCCCGCCGCCACCCCCCAAAAGAAAGAUUAAAUCUCACAAACUCAUGAGUAUAGACUUAAUCAAAAAAAACAAAACAAAGCUUUUUCACAUUUCUAAACUAGCUUUAAAGCUGUUGGCGU